ACCGCCCUCGUGCGCUGCUUUAUUUUGGGGGCAUGCGUUGACGGGCUGCACCCCGCGAGUGCUGGCGGCGCGGGCCUGCGUAAAGGGGGCGCGUGACGUCAGCCGGCUCGCGAGACCAUAUCGAUCGUGGGCACCGUCUGAGCAUCAUCUAUCCAUUCAUCCACCCUUAAGGGCAGAGUCGCCAGCCAGCCAGCCAGGCAGUAAGCCUCCUGAGACCGAAUAGCCACCUGACGAAAGGGGAAAGGACGCCGCCAUGGCCGAGUUUGGCACGGCCAAGACCGUCUUCAUCCUGGCCAUCGUGGUCGGGUGCUUCGCGAUCCUCUGGCCUAAGAUCUUCUACCCCAUGCUGUUGACCUCGCUCAGCACCGGCGGUGCCCACGCAGGUCAACAACAGGACUCACCCCUCGACAAUCAAGCCAACUGCUGCGACGUAAUAUUCGUAUCGGACGUGACGGCCAUCAAAGUUCUGACAGCCAUGUGCGGCGACAUCCUGCACGAAAACCAGAUAACGACGAACGAGCAACUGCACCUGUCGAAGAAAUCGGUGGAAAAGUGCAGGGACGAGGUUCUUUCGGCGUGCGGGCUGGACAUCACGGCCGUGAUCAAAGACCAGACGGGCUUGACCAAGAGCUACAAGCAGAUUCUGGACGAGAUCAGGUCGUUCAACAACUCGGAAUGUCUCAAGCAGAACUUCGGCGUGCAGCUCAGCUUGAUUGGAACGCCGCGUCGGAUGCGCUACUUCCCUGAGAGGUACUUCAAGGAUAAGACCAUCACUGCCAGACAUUUACGACCUGAGAGACCUGCGCAUCUCCACCCUGAAAUGCUGCAUCCGGCUUUGCGAGAAAAGGGGCGUGCGAUUCCUCCACGACCAAUUACUGUAGCUUCGGCGACAGGCAUGGAUGGAUCUGGACCACGGCCUGGAUACCCGAUGCCAGGUAUGCGGCCCCCGAUGGGAGGCGCCGGUCACGUGGUUCCAGCCCCCAAAGGCAGCGGCACCAUGGGCAUCGUCAUGCCGCUCUACACCGUCGGCAUCGUCGUCUUCUUCGUCUACACCAUUAUGAAGGUCUUGUUCAAGAGACAAGAUGACCGCAACAAGAACGCAGACUUCGGAAUGGACCCUGAGAUCAGAAGGAUGAUGUUCGGCGCCAACGGCAUGGAAGACUACCCCUCCCGAGGCCACCGCGUCGCUCCACCAAGGGAGGUGAAGCGGCCGUCUCCGGAGCCGGUGGCCAAGCCGGCAGCCGCCCCCAUCCCCGCUCCUGCGCCCCCGGCGCCAGCUGCUCCGGCGCCAGAGCCCGAGCAAGUUGCAAACGGAGCCGCCCCCACCACCAACGGAGCCACCCCCGCCGCCAACGGUGGUUUCCGAGGCGCUUCGCCGCCCAAGUCUUCCAGCAAGUUAGAGGACAGUGAUUUUGACCAGCUGAGGAAGCGCCUGGAGGAGACGGAGGCCGCGAUGGAGCGGAUUGUGGCACAAAUCGAGACCGCUGUUGAGCCGAGCAGACCUUCUUCGUCCCUCCUCAAGACAGUGCCACGACAGGGUGACGAAGAAGGAGAAGAAGAACAACAACCACACGAUUUAGAGACUGUAGAAAACCCUGUAGAAAAAGACGACAUUGUAGCAAAAGAAGAGGUCAUCGAAAAGGAGAACAUCGAGGCGACCAAAGAAGAGGCGGUGGUCGAGCAGGAAAUAAUCAAACCUGCGCAGCUCGAGCAACUUGAGGCUGAGGUGACACGCGUGGCUGCUGAAACCAAAGUCGAGGAAGUACUUUUGGCAGAGGAGGAGCCGAUUGCUGAAGAGUCUGCGGAGCCGAUAGUCGAGGAGCCGAUCGAAGAGGAAAUUGCCAAAGUGACCAGCGAGGAGGAAGACGUCAAAGAUGAGGAGGCGCCCGCAGCCGCCCAGGCACCGGAAAGGAGCAGCACACCACUUCAGCAGCUUUUGGAGGAAGGUGGCGGAAAGGUGACAGUCGUCGGGAUGGAGACGACGGCGAGGUGCGAGGACGGGCAGAAAAUGGCCCGCCCGCCGACCCCGUCGACACCCCCGCGAAGCAUCACCCCGAUUUUCCCCCUGUACGCCCUGGAGCAGUUCACGCCGUCCCCCGCGUACCGGUAUUCGCGGCCCACGACCCCCACCUCGAUGACCCCUCCUAGGAGUAGCACCCCCUUGCAAAGACCCGUGAGCGCCACUCCGCCCCCGUCCCACGGCUUCCUGGUCGAGGGACACAUCCCGGCAGGAGGACACGGCAUCCUGGUGGCCGACUCGGAGUGCGAGGCCACGCCGGCCGCCGACUUUGACUACGACGACUUCGAUCUCGACGAGGAAGCGCCGCCUGUGAUUCUUAGCGGGAAAAUGACCCUUUCUGUAAUUAACCUGCCAGAAGCAAUAGCUGCUGAAGCUGCUGCCGCCGCCGCCGCACAAGCCGCUGCCAGCCACCAGAAUGGCACACCAGUGCAAGCUGCUGAUGAAACGAAAGCAGCGAACGGUGCCAACUACGAGGAAGACAACGGCGUUGAUGAGAUUUCCGCCACAAACUACACGACAGCAGCCAGCGCAGCUGCUGCAGAAGACGGCGCUGGUCUAGAGGAAACUUCAGCUGAUGUGUCUGGAAUGGACGACAAUGCAGAGGCACAAGACUUGGACGAGCCUGCUGCCGAGAUCGAGGAGCUGCCUCGCGACGACGCCUCCGCCCGCCACAAUCAGAGCAAUGGACUGCAAUGAUCUUCGCUUUCCGCCCCGACUCGGGGCGGUCGAAGCCGUGCCAAACGCCGACGAAGGGCCAAAAACAACCGGUCGGCUGCUGCACAGAGCAACUAGGCUGCUGGUUGACCAGUGCUGCGUGCCGUACUUGGGCCAAGCCAGCUCAACGAGGGCCAACCAUUGAAAUCCGGGGGUGAAAACAAAAAUACAAAUAUAAAGUGGCUGACAGACCGUUUGAAUGCGCGCGAUUAUCGCCUCCUGUGCAGAACCGUGACGAAUGACUGUGUUAUUUGAUUGAUGCCAAAUAUUCUCUCAAACAGCGUACUUGUUUACUAUACACACACACACACAUAAAAUUAAAUAAAUAUAUUUAUUGUUACUCAAGAAACGAGACGAACAUAUGUUAUUGUGUCGUAGCGGCCGGGACAGAUUUUCAGACUAAUAUUGCGAAACGCCGUUUACGUGUAGAGAUUAACUCACAAAAGCAGGACGUGCCAAAUUUUGUAAUUUAAUAGCUCUCUCAGCGACGAGUAAAUUCUGUAAUUGAGCACCACUUUACUGUAUUUCGUAUCAUAUACACAUACUGUUUUCAGGCACUAAAAUGUAGAAUAAGACUGGAGGGAAAAUGCUAUGCCAAAUUUUAAACCCGCUGUAAAAUCGGAUUUUCGCUAUUGUAUCCAGUGCUUCGACAAUUUCUCACUUUUUGUGAUGAGCCAAAACACAUCUUUAUCUCCUUAGAGUAUUGUUGAUCCCUGCAACUUAUCUCUCAUAUAGUUACGAUGUUAUUAAUUAUUACCAAGUUUUCCUACAAAAUAUCACAUAUUGCACUUGGUAAAUGUUUCAAUUUACGAUCUGUAAGAGUAGUUUUCGGUCAGGUGCUCUCAGAAUGCAAUAAAAUAUGACGAAAAAGUUGCUACAAAAUUACAAA